UCUUCCUCAAACAAGUCUUAGUUCCUUCACAGAAGAGAUGGACACUGAGAAGAGAUCAUACAUCAGCCUACCUAAGAUGUUCAUGGCUGAUUUGGAAAAGAACUAUCAGCUGGAACAUGGACUGAUCGUUAAGCAGUUGAACGCCUUCAUCAACGAAGGCUACAUGCAGGCCUACUUCAGAGACUGGGGAAACGUCACUGGAUGCAAGAUCCUUAAAAACUACGAGUCAGAAGAGAGCAAGGCGAUGGGCUUCGUCAGGUUUGCCACGGGGGAAGAGGCCGACAAGGCAGAGAUGGCCGGGCCUCACUUCAUUGGAGGCGACUUGGCGGUCGUGCGAAGGGUAGUUUGUCCAAAGGUAGCCCUCGUUUCAGACAGGAUGUGGGGAUGACCUGAACUGCUCUGCUGUCAGAUGACAUGGACAAGAUGAACUUGUGUUAUGUAUUGUGAUGUCAAAUGUAAAGAAAUCAAUCUGUUAGUACAGGUUUCGUCUUUUCAAUAUAUUCGAGUUUCAAUAUUUUUUUCCCACAACCUUUGUUAUCUUGUUUACUCUACCUCCAUCAUGAGUGGGAUUUGACUGAAUACUAAAACAGAUUCGGUUUGAAAUAUAUUGAACUAUAAAUGUCUGGUGUGUCUCAAAUAAAUGAUGUGGCAAAUGGUUUGGAAACCAUUUGACAUUGAACUUAA